AUGUCUGAAGACAGUGCGGACAUUUCGGAAAGAUCUCCGGGCUGGAUUUGCACUUCUUUUAACUUAACUUGUGUUUUCAACUCGACCAUGAACCAGUCACUUUCGAGAUACUUUCAUUUGUCAGAUACGAGCCAGGUGGAUGCGGCCGGCGAUGCAGCGGCUGUACUGAGGAUUAUGAUCUCGGUGGUGUACUCUUUGGUGUGCGCAUUGGGGCUUGUUGGGAAUUUACUGGUCCUGUACCUAAUGAAGUCUAAACAGGCUUGGAAAAAGUCCUCUAUAAACCUGUUUGUUACAAGUUUGGCACUGACAGACUUCCAGUUCGUGCUCACGCUGCCAUUCUGGGCGGUGGAAAACGCACUGGAUUUUACGUGGCUUUUCGGUAAGGUCAUGUGCAAAGUAGUAUCGUAUGUCACAGCAAUGAACAUGUAUGCCAGCGUCUUUUUCCUCACGGCAAUGAGCGUGGCGCGGUACUACUCCCUUGCCUCUGCGCUCAAGGGCAGGAGAAGACGCGCGCACUGCCCGUCUGCGCGUUGCAUUUCGGUGUGUAUCUGGCUCGCUGCUGUUUUUGCCGCGCUGCCUCACGCUGUAUACUCCACCACAGUCACCGUCUCCAAUGAAGACUUGUGUCUGGUCAAGUUCCCCGACAACAAUAACACGGCGCAAUUCUGGUUGGGAUUAUAUCACUCACAAAAAGUGCUACUCGGAUUUGUUUUUCCGCUUGGCGUAAUUUCAGCCUGCUAUCUUCUUCUUCUACGUUUUAUCACACCUCAAAACAUCAACAACUCAAGCGCAAAGAGACGAGCCAAAGUCACAAGGUCUGUGAAAAUAGUAGUCCUGUCGUUUUUCCUGUGCUGGCUCCCUAACCAAGCCUUAACAGCGUGGGGCAUUCUUAUCAAAAUGAGCGUGGUGCACUUUAGUUAUGAAUAUUAUACAACACAAGUUUACAUUUUCCCCUUGUCUGUGUGUCUGGCGCACUCCAACAGCUGCUUGAACCCUAUUCUUUAUUGCCUGAUGAGGAGGGAGUUUAGAAAGGCGCUGAGGAAACUCUUCUGGCGCAUGACUUCUGCAAAGGCAACGAACAUCAGGCCCAUCACCGCGAGUACAAAGCCGGAGGGAGAGGAGCAAGUCCAAGCGGGACUGCCUAUCAGCGUUUCUCAACAGUCCGCAGUGGUCUUCUACCCACCUGGGGCUGUCGUGUACAACGACAGACGGGACCUGCCACAAAACAGUACCUAG